AUGUCGUCCGUCAUCAACGUGCGGCUCAACGAAAAGAUGACGUUGCGGUUCGUCGAACUGUACCGCGACCAGCGGGUGCUGUGGGACAAGGAGCACGAGGCGUACAACAAGCGGACCGAGAGGUUGCGGGCGUACCGGCGAAUCGCCGAGGCCAUGUCCGUCGAGGGUCUGGGUGUGCCCGAGGUGGCCAGCAAGAUCAAGAACAUCCGGUCCACGUACCUGCAGGAGCUGAAGAAGAUCAAGGACUCGGCGCAGCGGCACCUCGUCCAGUCCGAGGAGGAGGACGCCUCGUCGCCGUACGUGCCCAAGCUGCUCUGGUUCUCCAUACUGGACUCGAUGAUCGGCGGCGCGGCCGUCAAACGCCUUUACUCGUCGCCGUCCACCGCCGACAUGCUGUCCAUAGAUUACGCCGACGAGAGCAGCUGCCCCGGGAGUUCCAAUAACUACACCACUGCACCGUUCGACUACGGCUCAUCGUACGCCAACGACUCGGCCAAGAGACCGUCGUCGUCGUCAUCGGUGGUGGACGAACCUCCCCUCGCCAAGAGGCUGAUGUACGAGCGACAGCAGUCGUCCGCCGAGCUGUUCUCCAGGUACAUCGCCACCUCGCUGGAAACACUGCCACCAAGGCUGUCGGUGCAGGCACAAAAGGAAGUUCACGACGUGCUGGUCAAGUACAAGUUUUUGGAACUCGACCAACUAGAGCAACAGCGAUGA